AUGUCCAGCGAGGAAAGCUACUUGGCCAUCCUGCGCUACCUGACGAACGAACGGGAGCCCUAUGCGCCGGGGACGGAGGGCAACGCCAAACGCAAGAUCCGCAAGGCAGCCGCUUGCUACGUGGUGCGCGGCGGCACCCUGUACUACCAGCGUCGGCAGCGGGACCAGCAGCGCUUCACCGAGCUCGAAGUGGUGCUGCAGGCCGAGCGCCGCGACCGCCUCAUCCGCGCCGCACACCUAGCCCCCGACGGCACCCACCGAACCCGGCUGCAGACCUGGCAGGGGCUGUCGCAGAAAUAUUGGUGGCGAGGUAUUCUUAAGCAGGUUAAAGAUUACAUUAAAGAAUGCAGCAAGUGCCAGGAAAAGCUGGAUCGUUCUAGAUCUCUGUCAGAUCCUUCUGAAAUGCUGGAGGAAUUAGGACUGGAUGCAAAAUCUCAUGAAGACAGUAAUGAAACAGAUGAUGAAUUGGGUAACACAGCAUCAAUCCCAGCUGCAUCCGCAAAGCCUGUGAAGAAGAAGCUAAUAGCAAAGCAUGAACUUGUGUUUGUUGACAGUAAGGGCCUUGUGAAGCAGUCAUCUUCCAAACAUUCUCAGUCAGUCUUAAACCAACUGAAUCAGCAGAGACUUUCCAAUCAGUUCUGUGAUGUGACUCUGAUGAUUGAAGGAGAGGAGUACAAAGCUCACAAAUCUGUCUUGGCAGCCAGCAGCGAGUACUUCCGAGAGCUCUUCAUUGAAAAGGGAGCUGUCUCUAGUCAUGAAGCUGUAGUGGAUCUGUCAGGGUUCUGCAAAUCCAGUUUCCUGCCGCUGUUGGAAUUUGCUUAUACCUCAGAAUUAACUUUUGACUUCUGUAGUAUGGCAGAAGUGGCCAUGCUUGCCCAGCAUCUCUUCAUGCCUGAGGUCCUUCAAAUGUGUGAAAAUGUACACAAACAGAUGGAAGAGAAACAAAUCACAGUGUACCAGAAGGGAGACAUUCAAACAGUGGAGUCGACACAAACUUUAGCAGAGCAGACUGAAGCCAAAACACAGCCUGUGGAUGGUGCUGAGCAACCUGAGCUCACAGCUGGUGAAGUGACGGUAGCUGUAAAUGGAGCUCCUUCCUCUGCUGGGACAGAGGAGCCAGCAGCACCACAGCCUGACCUGCCUUCAGAGCCUGUGGAGGCCACUCCAGAUGAUCUUGCAAAGCCUGUAGAACAGCAUGAAACAACUGAAAAUGAUGUUAAGAUGCAGCAGCUGGAGAACAUUUCUGACAGCGCUGUGUCUGUCGUAGAGGCUGAGCCAUCAGCUAUGGAAGUCACGCACACGAGAAAUCAACUGGAAAUUGAAACGGAUCAAAAUGGAAAUGGUAAAGCAAAUGUGGACACUGCUUCUGAAGAUUCCUCAGAAGCACUCAAGCAGCCUUGUGGUGGGCAAAGUGAAGAACAGAGUACUUCAGUUUCACAACCAGAAAGCCUAGCUUCUAGUCAAGAUGAUAGCUACAAAAGCAAGCUUCGCCAGCGUUCUGUUAGUGAAGGAGGAUAUAUCAGAUUGCAUAAAGGAGUUGAAAAAAACCUGCAAAAUAGAAAGACAAAUCCUAAAUCUGCAAUCCAGCAGGUUGCCAUGAAGCUGGUACAAAGAGGGAAGAAAAUGAAACAGCCCAAAAGAGAGACCACUGAAAAUAAUGAAGUGGAAGCUCAUCACAAAUGCAAUGAGUGUGGAAUGGAAUUCCAGCGGCGUUAUGCACUUAUAAUGCACACACUGAAACAUGAAAGAUCUAAAGAUUAUAAAUGCCCAUUGUGUAAAAAAGAGUUCCAGUAUGGUGCCUCUCUGCGAGCCCAUCUCGUCCGGCACACUCGGAAGACUGAGGGGAACACUGCAGCUGCUGGUGUGGAAGAAGCAGGUGUCCCUUCAGUGAAAGGGAGAACUAAACGAGAAUUUAUUUGUGAUAUCUGUGGAAGAACUCUCCCCAAGCUUUAUUCUCUCAGAAUACACAUGCUCAAACACACAGGUGUAAAACCACAUGCAUGCAAGGUUUGUGGCAAGACCUUUACAUAUAAACAUGGAUUAAAAAUGCACUUAGCUCUCCAUGAAGUACAGAAACAGUUCAAGUGUGACUUGUGUGAGAAGUCUUUUGUCACCAAAAGAAGUCUUCAGGAGCACAUGAGCAUUCAUACAGGAGAAUCCAAAUAUCUUUGUUCCAUCUGUGGAAAAUCUUUCCACAGGGCAUCAGGACUCAGUAAACACAUAAAGAAACACCAGCCAAAGCCUGAAGUUCGUGGAUAUCAGUGUACUCAAUGUGAAAAGAGCUUCUAUGAAGCCCGAGAUCUUCGGCAGCACAUGAACAAACACUUAGGUGUGAAGCCAUUUCAGUGUCAGUUCUGUGGAAAGUGUUACAGCUGGAAGAAAGACUGGUACUCUCAUGUCAAGUCUCAUUCUGUCACAGACCCUUAUAGGUGUAAUGUAUGUGGUAAAGAAUUUUAUGAGAAAGCUUUGUACAGAAGACAUGUGAAGAAAGCCACACAUGGCAAAAAAGGAAGAGCAAAACAAAAUCUGGAGCGAGUUUGUGAGCAUUGUGGAAGAAAAUUCACUCAGCUCCGGGAAUAUAGGAGGCACAUGAACAAUCAUGAAGGUGUGAAGCCAUUUGAAUGUCUGACUUGUGGAGUAGCCUGGGCAGACGCACGUUCGCUGAAGCGCCACGUGAGGACACACACCGGGGAACGUCCUUACGUCUGCCCCGUGUGCAACGAGGCUUACAUCGACGCCCGCACGCUCCGCAAGCACAUGACCAAGUUUCACAGGGACUAUGUACCCUGCAAAAUUAUGCUGGAAAAAGAUACUCUUCAGUUUCAUAACCAGGGGACACAGGUGGAGCAUGCCAUCAGCAUUUUAGCAGCAGAUGUGCAGGAGCAAGAAGCUGGGAUUAGUGUUGAUAGUGGUGAAAUUGAGACUGUGGUAGUGACAGAAGAGACUCUUGAAGCCAUCGAAGCGGUUGCAGCUACAGAGGAAUGUACACCAGUGUCUACUCUUUCUGACCAAAGCAUCAUGCAGGUGGUAAAUUAUGUAUUGGCUCAACAGCAAGGACAGAAAGUGGCUGAAGUGACACAGGCCAUCGAAACUGUGGAAGUAGAAGUGGCCCAUGUUACAAAGACAGAUUGAAUACAAUGUGAGAGGGUGUGAAGGGUGAGGCUUGAAGAUAUGUGGGAGAUGAGUACUUACUUAGGUGUCUGAGGCUGUGGACAGGGAGAUUUGAAGAUCUAUGGGAGCUAAACAUUUAUCUGUGUGUCUGAGGCUGUCAACAGGGAAGUUUUAAAAUCUGUGGGAACUAAAUAGCUGGGUAUCUGAGGCUGUAGCAGUGAGGUUUCAAGGUCUGUAGGAGCUAAGUAUUUAUCUGAGGCUUACAGGCAUGCCUGUUUUCAAACAGUUAACCCCCACUACUAAAUGUCUUGAUGAUAGAAAACUGCACCAUGCAUUACAGGGAGAAAAU